GUUAUACCGACAGAAAAUAAUUGUCGCCACGGAAGUGAACAGUCAUAUAUUCUGGAACAUUACAAUUUUUAAGUGCAUAUUUAAGUGAAGACGGGGUGUUAACAAGCUUUUUAGUUUUUCUUGUAUUUAUUUCCACCCAUUUGUCUGGUAUAAAAACAUAUUUUGGGUGAAUGAUCGACAAACCAUAUUUAUUUGAUUUACGUCGUGUCUGUGAGUUUUGAAGGAGGCCAUCUUUGCAAUCUCUAGUAGAGGUCUUCAGCUUGCGCUUUCAUUGUCUGGUGGGAUACCAGUAUUUAUUACAGACACAUUUCAUCAAAUGGCUUUAAAACGAAUUAAUAAGGAAUUACAAGACCUCGGCAGAGAUCCUCCGGCACAAUGUUCAGCAGGUCCUGUUGGAGAUGAUUUAUUUCAUUGGCAAGCCACAAUUAUGGGACCACCAGAUAGUCCAUACCAGGGCGGAGUAUUUUUCUUAACAAUACAUUUCCCUACAGACUACCCCUUUAAACCACCAAAAGUGGCGUUCACAACAAGAAUCUAUCAUCCUAACAUAAAUAGUAAUGGUAGUAUCUGUCUCGAUAUAUUACGUUCGCAAUGGUCUCCAGCUCUUACUAUUUCAAAAGUUUUGUUAUCAAUCUGCUCACUGUUAUGUGAUCCGAACCCAGAUGAUCCAUUAGUACCAGAAAUUGCUAGGAUAUACAAAACCGAUCGGGAAAAAUACAACGAGUUAGCGCGUGAGUGGACUCGCAAGUAUGCUAUGUGAUGGCCCGGCCCCUUCGAUCCACAUCUCACACAUUAGAAGAAAAACAAAAACAAUUUAUUUAAUAAUACAUAAAAAAAACAAAAAAUAUCAACAAACACACCGGAGGGGAUCGGCCAGCCUGUAAUUUUUCACAAUUUGAUAAUAAAUAUAAACAAAAUUGUAACGUAACGCUUUUUGAAGUUUCGGGUUCCGCCACAACAACUUUUCAUAUUUCAGUCGUCUCGUUGCCUUUACCGCCACACUCAAACUGAUACUUUUUACUGUUAGAUAAAUUAAUAUGUAGGUACUUUGACGUUCAAUUAGGUGUAUUAUAUUAAAUAUAAAUAUAUAUAAUUUGAAAAUUAUUUUUUUUAGUAUUUCUGAAAAAAAAAAUUCGAGUUUGUACGUACAUAAUUAAAUCUGUAGACGAUUUGUAAGUAGUCAGUUUUGUACGAAAAAAUCUUUAUCCGAAUGGAUAAAUGAAAAUAUAGUAGGAAGUAGAUUUUUUUUCGAAAAAAGAAAAUUAUAUUUCGUUUAAUUUUACCACCAUCGGCUGGUCAAUUGAAACUUCUCGAGGCUCUUCCAAAUAAUUUUGUUCCCGAUAAUUUAUUUACUUUAUGAUAAUUGAAAUGUUCGAUAGAAACAAAUGUUACUUCAACUCAUUAAAUAAUAUUUAAAAAGUGACUUUGUCGACUUUUAAUUUAUUCAAUAUAUAUAAUUAUUAAAAUUGUUAGUUAUUUUUUUUUUCUAUUUUGUACCUUUGUGUUUCAAAUUACCGACCAUAUAUAAAAUUCAAUCUACCCCCUAUCCGGUUUUUUUCACUUUCAUACUUUUUUUUUUUACUACUAUUCGAUUCAGUCAAUUCCUAUAAAAACAAUUUAUAAAUAACCCCGCGGGGGCUAAUAGCUCAAAUAAUAUAAAAAUCUAAUCACAAAUCUAUGAAAAAGUUCAGCAUAUUAAGGCCGUCAUACACGUUACGGUACAAUGAAUCUUCACGUGUAGUAUUCCCUUCGAAAACUAUUUUUAACCUCACUUUUUAGUACCUCGUAUUAUCAAUUUCACUAACAAUAGUAAUUACGAUUUGUAUAAGGCCGGCACACACGUUGCGGUGCCGCUAACUCCACCAGUGUGAUUUUAUAUUGAAUUAAAAGUUUUAUCGCGUUUAUUAAAAAUAUGGUAGUGAUACUAAAGAUACGGAUGAUGCGGUUUAUUUGCCGCCGUGCAGUAGUGAUACGAUACCGUCGCGUGUGAUCCGGCCUUGAUAUAUAUACAGUUUUUUUUAUUUCAAUCACUUUUUUUUCGAUUUAAAGUUUAGAUACACGUUUUCAUGUGGUUUAAAUUCAUUUUUUUCUUAAUUGGAAAUUAUAAAACAAUUAUUUGAAACACAAAGGGUUAUAAAAUUAAUUAUUACACGCCUAGUUUGUCCAAUAUUUAGAUGUUUAUAAUCACUUACAGGAUUAGUCAAUCUCCUCCAGGAUUUUUUUUAAUGUACCGUACACUUUUUACUCCCCCUUAAUUUAAAUUAUUCAGUGUAAAAUAUGAAAUCUUCUUACUUGAUAAGGAAACUUAGGAAUAUUUGUUAUAUAUAUUUUUUUCUCGUAAUUGAAACAGGACACAUUAAAUAAUAAAAUCCA